GGCGGUGGAGGUCUCUCUCAGCAUUGGUGCUGGUCACGGCUGCAGGCUUUCUCUGGUUAUUCCACCUCUUUUUCGGAUCGGUGGCCGCGAGCCUUCCCUUCCGGAAGUCGCAGGAUCACUUCCAUUGGACGGGCACGACGAGUACGGAGCCGGAGACAACGACCGGUCGACCCACUACCCGGUAUCCGCCCACGACGAUUCCCUCAGGCGCCCAUGCGCACGGGUACACCCUGUUCGACCAUAUGUAUCUGCGAAAUGGCACAUUCUACGUCGUCACCGCCAAUCGGAGUGCGUUUCCGCCCAUACCGCAGCUGCUCGCUCCUCCCCACUUGCUGGGAGAGAAACAAAAGCAGGAUGCAGGAGAUGCUGAGAUUCGAUUCAUCAGUCCGGAGGAUGCCCAGGGUGUAUUGGGCAAAAUGAUCACGCGAGUGGAGGGCAUUUCAAUUGUGGUUUAUGAUCCAGCAGAAUAUGCUCAUCAUUUUUAUCACUGGUUCGGGGAGAUCCUCUUCGGAUUCUGGCGCGUAUACUCGCACAUUCUCAUGGACUCCUCGAAAACCGAACGAACGCUUGAUUUCCCUCGGAAAAUAAUCUUGCCGUUCAUGAUUUACGGGGAGUGGCGCGACUCUGCCGACAUCGACGGCCCCUUCACGCGGACCGUGUUUCCGAAUACGGGGCUUGAAUUCGCCGAGUACUGGCACGAGCUCGCACGGCUUGGCACCACAGUCGUCUUCGAUCGCAUGGGGUUGCUGAGCCGGAUCAGCGCUCAUAACCACCCCUUGGCAAAUCACUGGGGAAAGAUGAUGGCCGGCACCAUGGAACUGUCUGCGCCGCCUGAUUUCUGGGCGCCCAUCCGUGAGGCAAUGUGGCAAAACAUGCUGGGCUGGGUGCCGGGAAGCCCGACUCCGGCCAAGACAUUCCAACCAGGCCACUCCUCAAAACCAGUGGUAACGUACGUCCCCCGGCAGCGCUACCCGAAGCGAAAACUCAGAGAUGCUGAUCACGAAACACUCCUCGUCGCGAUGCGCGAAUUGGAAAGGGAGGGGCUGUGCGAGUUCCAGGUCGCAGAGAAUGAGGUUGUGGCCGUCCAGGAUCAGAUCGCUAUGGCUUCGAGAACGACGAUCAUGCUAGGCGUUCAUGGAAACGGAUUGACGCACGAGCUUUGGAUGCCUCCGUCUCCACAGUCGACGAUCAUCGAAAUAUUUUCUCCGCAAGGGUAUGUUUACGACUACGAACUGUUGGCACGAAACCUGGGGCACAAACAUUACGCCAUCUGGAAUGACACAUAUAUCACAUAUGAGCCAGGAAUAGUCCAUGAGGGCACUCACUUUCCACUGGACUUUCAGGGUGAUCAGAUUCCAGUUUACGCACCGACAGUUGUUAAAGUAAUCCGGCAGCAAUUGAAAAAUGUGUAAUAUGUCACCCCAGCGACCUCCAAUUAUGACGUAAAAUUGCUUCCAGGCCCCCCUCCGGAGGCCAUCAAACCACCCCCUACCCCCCCUGAUCGG